UUGUUUCUUUUGCCUAUCCAUUGGACGUAUUAAGAAAAUCUUUGGUACCGACCAAUUUACCAAAAUGGUGGAGUUUUGGUGUCGUCUAACUCUGUAAAAUUACAGCAUUGAUAUCCUUGUUUAGCCUAGAUGAUUAAGUUUUAUUACAAACGCUGUCAAAAUAUAAACACUUUUAUAUUUUGCUAAUGAGGAUACCUAAUGACCUUGGUACAACAAUGAGUGAAAUUAUUAAAAGUGAAGGGGCUUGUCCUGCACCAGAAAAGCCGGCUUCUUCGGAUGAGAAUGUACAAUUCCCGCCUUUACCUGAACCAACUGAUGAAGAUUUUCAGGAUGAUCUUAACGAAGAAGAAAAAGAAUAUAUCAAAACUAAAUUUGCGGACUUGAACACUAUUACUUCUCAACGACUACAUUGUACAGCUUGUGAUCGUCAUCUCGGUUCUUCGUCACGUAAUUUAUCUCGUGUGAAGAUUCAUCCUUUACUACGAACACUAGUGUGUCAGACAUGUCACAUCUUUUACAACAGUGGAGAGUUUGAGAAAGGUGAUGAUGGAUCUGAACUUUACUGUCGAUGGUGUGGCCAAGGAGGACAAGUAUUCUGUUGUUCUGACUGUCCUCAUGUUUUUUGUGCGAAAUGUAUUAAACGGAAUUUUGGACAAUCAAAAAUAUUAGAAAUUAAAUGUGUUGAUGAUUGGAAAUGUUUCAAGUGCAAUCCUGAAUGCUUAAAACACCUGCGUGCUGUAUGUUGGGCUUUGUUUCAAUAUUGUAAAGCAAGGAUUGAAAUUGCUACUUAUACUGUGGACACUCAAAUCAGAGAACUUUUGACGAAACAAUGUGCUGCUGAUGAAUCUUUAUGUUGUAAGAAUAAAAGUAAAAGAAGUGAAAAAUUGGAUCCUGUUAAGAAAAAAGAAGAAAAUGGCCCUAAAAAACAAACACCUGUACCCAUAAUAUCAAAAAUUCCUCCUACUAUACAGGUGAAAAAAUUUGCAUCAAUAAACUUGGAUGAAACACCAAAGCAAGAAAAAAAACCUAUAAAGAGACCAAUAAGUCCUAAGAAUAAACCAGUUAUUGUUAAAAAUCCAAUUCCAAUAGCUACAUCAGUUACAAGACUUUUGCAUCCAUUAAAUAUUGGACCUCCAAUGAAGAAGUUGAGGAUUGCAAGUCCAAUGAUGGGCACCAUUAGAUAUGUGAAUGAUACCAGAAUGCAGUCUUACCAACGAUUAAGGCCUAAAGCUCCCAUCAAUAUAAACAAUUUCAAUGGUUUUAAAAACACAAAUCCAAUAUUCAAUCCGAUCAGUACAAAUUCUUUUCACAAUAGCAUGGAAAACAUGGUCGCCAAUGACAACAUCAACUUAUCUUUGGAUAAUUUGACUCAGGGCUUGGACAUGUCAGCAGCUGCCGCUCUACUGUCAGCAAAUAAUUCUCAAAAUGAUGAUGUUGUUUGUACACCGGAUCUUCCUAUGGAAUCUUUGAAUGAGGUUAAUGAAGAUAACGACGAUGACGUCGAAUGUAUAACUCCUGGACCUUCAGAGGCACCCAAAACAUACAAAUUUCAGCAUCCCCCACCUCUAGUGCCUUGCGGGAAUAAUAGUGCAGUGUCUUUAUCGUCAGAUAAUAUAAUUCAAAUGACCGAAAACGACGUCACAGUGAAUGCGUUAACAGGCGGCUUGAAGUUUCGGGUUGACCCUCAAACUUUGUCUUCAAAUAAAAUGUACAGGUUACCGGAUGGCCGCGUGUUUGCGAUAAACAUAAAUCCAAAAAUGCCCGGUGGCUAUUCCGCAACUAUUGUAGCUGUAACUGAUAAUACUAAUAAAGCCACACAAAGUAAAGGUACCACAUUUGCCGCUAAAUUGAGUUCCGUUUCGACUCCGCAAUGCUCUUCCCCUGUUACGCCAAAAGCACGAAGAAGCCAACGUCGAUCUUCGUCAUCAAAACGUAGUUCUACCAAAUCUAAAACAACUCGCCAGUCGUCGAGGAAAAGUAGCAGAAUGUGUGAUUUGAAUGUUCCGGUAGAAUGGUACAGAUAUAAUCUUAUAGACGCAGUUGAUGCCUUAGAAUACUCAUUAAACAGACUACAAAAAUUAAAAAAGGAAGCCACAACUAUGUAUCUUCGAACUAGGACUAUUAGCGAAAUGAAGAAUCUCCAUAAAACGUUAGAUAGAUUAUUGACAACGUCAUCAAAAAGAUUUGGUGAAAUCAAAGAUAAUCUAAGCAAUGAGUUGAAACAGUUUAUUUUGAGAAAAACAGAUAACCAGCCCGCAAAUAGUGAAGACGACGACGUUGAAAUUUUAUCUAAUGCUGAAAAUGAUGAUCCCAUAUUCAUAGAUGAAAAUUCUGUGGAGUCAAAUACAAAUUAUAAUGAAAAUCAAGAGGUCGAUUUGACUGGGCCCGGCAGUAGUGAACAUAAUGAAACUGGCGAGAAGGAGGACGAUUAUUCUAGAAUGAAUGACGAAACUCUAAUCAUACCAGACCAAGAAAAUGAAAGCAUUACGAGUAUUAAUGAAAAUGGCCAGAAUAUAGAAAAUAACUCAUCUGUUAUUGGAGAAGGAGAAACGAGUUUGAAAUGUGUUGAAGCCCUGAUAGAAACAAACACUACAAACAGUGAAAAUAAUUCAGUUGAUGAUUUCAACUUAGAAAAUAAGUGCAUGGAAAAUGAAAAACCUCUAAAAACAUUAGAAAGUAUAACUGAAAAUAAUGCGACUACGGGAAAUGAUAAUCGUAAUGAAUCUAAUGAAAGUAACACUGAUCUGACUGAGGGUUCAGAAGACAAUAUCGCUUCUAAAAACCUUAACAGCGAAGCGACGGUCGAAACCAGUUUAUCGAAUGACACACUCAACUUGGAAAGCGAUAAAGUACAGGAUUCAGAAAUAAGCGAGGAAUUGAUUGAGUCUUUGUUAAAGGACGAUAGCUCUACAAACUGUAAAGAUUAGAACAUAAAUAAUCCUAUCUGGUUAUUGUAUUCAGAGCUUCUUUUACAAUUUUGAUGGCCAUCUAAGAGCAAAUGAAAAAUCGAUUCAGCUAAUGGAUAAAUUUAUUAAUAGACUGCUCCUUUAGUAUAUUGUAAUUAGUGGGACACUAUAAUAUGUGCUAGUUAUAAUUACGUCAAGUAAGCAACUAUUUUUAGGUUAAGAGCAGAUGUUUUUUUUGUACCGGUUUUCUAAUCUGAAAACUAUUUACAUGAGUUCGUAAUUUGAUCAUCGAAUAUCAAGAUAUGUAUUUUCAAACUUAAUAAAUAAUAACAUUGUUAAAUAUUACACCAGUAAUAUCAAAAAUUCAAAAAAACAAAUGUGAACUAUUUUAGAUUAUUUGCUAUGACUUGUAAUAAAAGUACAUAUUUAUGUUAAUAUUUCUGUCAAUGAUUCAUACACAUAAUUCAAGGCACAGAAAUCAAGGAUUUUUUUGUCGUUGUAUCGAUAAACCAUAAACAAGUGUGAUAAGCCCUUAAAUAAUAAGAAAAACACAUUUACAUG